GCCGCGGCCCCUGAGCUGUCCCCGGGGCUGCGUGCACAGGACAGGGUCUGCUGACUUCACUCCCAGGAAGCCACCCCACUCUGUGUCCCUCAAGUCCCCGCCAAUGCCCUUUGCCCUGGCUCUCAUUUCUCUGCCUUUUCUUCCCCGUCUUUGGCUUAAAUAGCAGAACGCAGAACUGAAGCAUGCAUUCAGAAAGCAGGAUUUACCCAAGGAACAGCCACCUGGCCCGCAGCUGAGGCUGGGCCUUGUUUAAGCAGCCGGACCGGCCAGCGCCAGGCGGACUUCGCCCUGUUUUCAGACUUCAUCUGCCAGCGGUGGUCGGAGUGGCCAGCAUGGCGCCCUGUGUCCGGCUGCUCUUCAUCCUCCUCCUCUUCCUUGAGCCCCACGGGGCAGCAUCCUCAGUAUUUGUUCCGGCCUCAGAUGCAAAUGAAGUCCUGGUAAGAUGGAAGCGUGCAGGCUCCUAUCUUUUGGAAGAGCUCUUUGAGGGAAAUUUGGAAAAAGAAUGUUAUGAAGAAAUCUGUGUCUAUGAAGAAGCAAGGGAAGUGUUUGAAAAUGAUGCAGACACUGAUGGAUUUUGGAAAAGGUAUAUGGGUAAGUGGUUUCCCGCAUCCCCGCGAGGAUUAUUUCCUCUCCUGCCUGAGACCAGCGGCUCCCCGUGCGCCUCCCGGCCCUGCCUCAACAACGGGUCCUGCCAGGACAGCGUCCGCAGCUACAUCUGCAGCUGCCCCUCGGGCUACGAGGGCCGGGACUGCGCGCUGGCUAAGAACGAGUGCCACGCGGCCAGGACGGACGGGUGUCAGCAUUUCUGCCGCCCGGGGAAGAAGUCCUACGCGUGCAGCUGUGCGCAGGGCUACAGGCUGGGGCCCGACCGCAAGGCCUGCGUCCCCCACGAGAGGUGCGCGUGUGGAGCCCCCAGCCCCGAGGGCAUCACCGCCCCACUGGGGGGCCGGCGGCCUCUUCAGGCGUUCCCGUGGCAGGUGAAACUAACAAAUUCUGAAGGAAAAGACUUCUGCGGUGGUGUUGUAAUACAGGAAAAUUUUGUACUGACAACAGCAAAAUGUUCACUAUUACACAGAAAUAUCAGUGUGAAAACAAGCUCCCGUAGAGCGAGCGCGGACCCACUGGCGAUCAGGGUGAAGGGCGUCCACGUGCACAUGAGGUACGAGGAGGAGACGGGCGACAAUGACAUCUCGCUGCUGGAGCUGGGGCUGCCCAUCCAGUGCCCAGACGCCGGGCUCCCCAUCUGUGUGCCUGAGAAGGACUUUGCGGAGCACGUGCUCAUCCCAGGGACAGGCGGCCUCCUCAGCGGCUGGACACUCCACGGCCCCGAGCUGGGCGACGUGACCGCACAGCUGCCGGUCACACUCAUGGACGGCGAGGAGUGUGGCCGAGCCCUCAAUGCGACGGUCACAACAAGGAUGUACUGCGACAGGGGUGUGGCGGGGGGCAGCCUGCAGUGGGCGGGGGGCAGCACGGUCGCCAGAGAGCACGCGGGCACCUGGUUCCUGACAGGCAUCCUGGGCGCGGUGCCCAGGGAGGAGCAUGCGGGGGCCUUCCUUCUCACCAAGGUUGCAAGAUACUCCCUCUGGUUUAGACAAGUCAUGAGUAAUCAAGCCCAGCCGGCAGAAUAAACACAUGGAGGAAUUCCAAGUUAGCUGCCACCACAGGCAGGAACUGAGAUUUCACAGCCAACACGGGACCGUGUCAGAGCACCGCACGGGCCCUGGCAACACCAUGCUGCCAGGGACCACGGCGGUACCCCCGCAGUGCCCGCGCGGCUCUCCUUGGGACCUCUUACCUGAGCUGUUGCCUCGAGAGAAGGGAGAGACAGUCAGUAAUAAACAUGCAUUUGUUGUCACAAGACAGCCGCAUUCCCAAAA